AUGGAGAGUUUACCAUCACUACCGAUGUUCCCAGUUCACUCCGAUCCAACAACAACAAGUACAAGAUGGAAGAAGUACCUGAACAGGGUAGAAAAUGCAUUUGUUGCUUUCAACAUCACAGACGACAAGCGCCAGCGCACGCUGUUACUACACUGGGCGGGUGAAGAAGUAGACGAUGUUUUUGACACGCUAUCAGAAACCGGAAGCGAUUUUAAAACUGCCAAAACCAAGUUAACAGAAUAUUUCUCACCAAAACGAAACAUUGAAUAUGAAAGAUUUGUAUUCAGAGAUACCAUGCAGAACAGUGGUGAGUCAAUCGAUGCAUUUCACACUCGUUUACAACGUUUGGCGAACACUUGUGAUUUCACCGAUAAAUCUCAAGAGGUCAAAUCUCAAAUAAUACGUGGUUGCACCUCAGCCCGGCUCAGACGUCGUGCGCUCAGGGAGGAAACUACGCUCGAUAAUUUAUUAAGUUCUGCUCGUUCAUUCGAAGUGUCUGAAGUUCAAGCGACUGGAAUGGAGGGAAGAAACGUCCCCAGUGCGAGUGCAACUUCAGUGAAUACAAUCAGAAAACAUCGCCAACAACGACACCGUCCACAGCGCAACGGCAAGUCUCGGCAAGAUAAACAGUCGACUAAACAAUCUUCUAAAUGCUAUAAUUGUGGUGGAAGCUAUCCACACGAUACCGUAUGCCCAGCAAAAGGCAAGUCUUGUAAUUCAUGUGGUAAACUUAAUCACUAUGCGAAAUGCUGUCGUUCAAAGGGUAAAUUAAAGCAGUCUGAAAAAGCAGAAAACGUCAAAGCUGUUCAUCAAUGUGAUUACACAUGUAGCUCCGACGAUGACUACUGCUUUACUGUGACACAAUAUUCGAACAGUCAGCCCAGAAUAACAUUAUACAUAGAACAGACACCAAUUGCUUCAUUGAUUGAUACUGGUUCUACUGUGAAUUUAAUGAGUCUGGAAACCUACAAACACCUGAAAAACCAACCAAAGUUGCACAUGCAAAGCACCAGUAAUGUAUACGCAUAUUGUAGCAGUGAACCGUUAAAUAUAGUUGGUACUUUUCAUGCUAAAUUGCAAUACAAGGACCAUAACACUGUAGCAGAAUUUCUUGUAACCAAGAAAAAUGGAGACACAUUACUAGGAUAUACUACUGCAUCCAAGCUGAGAAUUGGCAAACUGAAAGGAGUCCAGUGUGUACUUCAUGAAGACAAAACUGUAAAGCCUGUUGUACAGCCACAUCGUAGGGUACCGUUUCAUGUUCGUGCAAAGACAGAAGAAGAGCUACAGAGACUGUUGAACUUAGAUAUUAUUGAACGGGUUGGAGAUGAGCCAACACCAUGGGUGUCACCUAUAACCGUGGUAGAAAAGCCGAAAAAACCAGGUGAGAUUCGGAUCUGUGUUGACAUACGAUCAGCAAAUAAGGCAAUAUUGCGUGAACGCCAUGUCACACCAACGCUUGAUGACAUAAUUGCUGACUUAAAUGGAGCAACUGUGUUCUCAAAACUUGAUUUGAACUCUGGGUACCAUCAGAUAGAGUUAGCUCCAGAGUCUCGUCAUCUAACCGUAUUCUCAACACACAACGGUUUAUACAGAUAUAAACGUCUUAAUUUUGGUGUGUGCUCAGCAGCCGAAGUAUUUCAGAAUAUGAUUAGAUCUGCACUGCAAGGCUUGAAGGGAGUACUUAACAUAAGUGACGACAUACUAAUAUAUGGUCGUGAUCAGCAAUGUCAUGAUGCCAACCUAGAAGCAUGUCUCAAAUGA